AUGAAGUUCACCGCCGCCGCCGCUGUCGCCUCCAUGGCCGCCAUCUCCUCCGCCCUUCCCCAAGCGUCCGUCUUCCCUCGCCCCGAGGCCGGCGAUGUCUUCCGCCUGAUGUCCCUUCGCUCUGCCACCCCCAUCCAGUACGGCGCCGUCCAGGCCGCCAACGGCAGCCUCCUCAUCAACACUCCUUCCGAGAACAACAAGACCUGCGCCAUCAACGGCGACCGCGAGAACGUCACCAACGGCAUCAACUACGCCUCCUUCACCCUCGACGAGGAGACCGGCAGCGUCUACAUCUACACCUUCAACCCCCCUCUCCAGCUCUACGUCGACCGCAGCGGCAUGGGCCAGGGCAACGUCCGCUACUCCACUGGUGUCCAGCCCAUUGGCAAGAACCAGGAGCGCGGCCCCUUCAAGAUCGACGACGACGGUAACCUCGUCUUCGCUGCUGGCGGUCUUUCCGGCGACGUUGGCUUCCAGGCUUGCCCUGGUGCCGUUGGCGGUGGCUGGAAGAUCUGGCUCUCUGGUGUUGACAAGCCUGCUGGUUCCGAGGGCUGCACUCCCUUCACCAUGAAGGCGCUCAAGGAGGAGACCACCUACAAGUGCCUCUACUCUUCUUAG